AUGGAUCUUGUUCUGCACCUCGCAGAUGACUAUCUUCUCGACAAUGCGUGGGCGCGGCUGCUUCCUCUCAACGAUAACCUAGUUCACUCGUCUGCAAACUUCACGUCAAUCAUGCAUCAUGUUCAGCAGUCUGCCUGGCCUCGUGACUACAUCCCUAGACAAAUUAUCUCUCUCAUCGUAAUCAACCUCGUGGGCGUUCACUUUCUAUAUUUCUUGUUCGCGUGGCUCUCCUACAAAUUUAUUUUCAACCAUGAGAUGAUGCGCCAUCCACGCUUCCUAGAGAAUCAGGUUAAACUGGAGAUACAAAGCAGUCUACAAGCUUUUCCCGUAAUGACAAUUCUAACUCUGCCUUGGUUCCAAGCAGAGGUAAUGGGUUAUUCACAACUCUACGACAAUGUAGAAGAUUAUGGUUGGACUUACUUUGUACUAUCAAUACCAUUCUUCUUGAUUUUCACCGACUACGGAAUUUACUGGAUUCACCGACUACUGCAUCAUCCCAGUGUAUACAAAACACUUCACAAGACUCACCACAAGUGGAUAGUGCCGACCCCCUUUGCGUCUCACGCCUUCCACCCCGUUGACGGUUACCUCCAAUCUGUCCCGUAUCACCUCUUCGUGUUUUUAUUCCCUCUUCACCGAUGGUUAUAUCUCGGCCUCUUCGUUUUCGUCAAUUUCUGGACUAUUAUCAUCCACGAUUCCGAUAUGAUUACGGGACACGCCCUUGAAACGAUGAUAAACGGACCCGCCCAUCACACACUCCAUCAUCUUUACUUUACGGUUAACUACGGUCAGUACUUCACGUGGGCAGAUCGCGUCAGUGGUUCGUACCGCCAGCCUGAGUCGUCCCUCGAUCCCAUGCUAGACAUCAAGAAAAAGUCAUAA